AUGGACGUAUUAUUCAUUGACGACAAAGGUCAGAAAAGAGAGUUAGAGGAGGAUGAUAUUCUUACCAUUCUUGAGAUGCCUUCUGGAAGUGAAGAUGAUAUCUCAUCUGAUGACUCAAUUGCUGCCCCAACUGUAAACAUAGACACAAUAGUUAACAAUAUUGAGGAGUAUUGUCCAACAGACUCUGAAUCUGACAACUGUAAUAAUGAAACUUCACAUGUCUCCACAGUCCCAGCACCAGAUUCCUUGCCUCAUAUGCCUAAUCUGAAUGAUAAAUCUGAGUCAUCAAGGAAAAAGCUGAGGAGAGAUCAUGUAACAUGGAAGCUGCGUAGUUUUGAUUUUCCAGUUGUUAAAAAAAUAUUCAAGAGAAACCUCCAUCUACCAGAUGAAGUUUAUGCUUUGGAAACACCAUUUCAAUUCUUCAAAUAUAUGUUUACAUACGGUUUACUGAAUCACAUUGCAGAACAAACAAUAUUAUACAGUGUUGAAAAAGAUCCAACAAAGCCUUAUAAUACGAAUUCUAAAGAUCUUUCAAAACUCAUAGGAAUCUUUAUCUUAUCAUCAGUUAUGUCAUCAAGAAACACUAGGCUGUUUUGGAACCCAGCUGUGGGGUUAUCUGUGAAAUGCGACACAAUGUCAGUGAAUGAAUUUGAGAAAUUGAGGCAGUUUUUGCAUUUCAAUGACAAUAGCAAGGAAAUUCCUCAUGAUCAGCCAAAUUGUGAUAAGCUGCACAAAAUUUGCCCAGUCAUAGAGUCACUAAAGGAGCAGCUUUCCACAAUACCACUAGAAGAGAAUCUUGCAGUAGAUGAGCAGAUGUGUGCAACAAAAUCAAGGCACCAUCUAAAGCAAUACAUGCCUGAUAAGCCACACAAAUGGGGCUACAAAAUUUUCAUGUUGUGUGGUAUAUCUGGCUUCACUUAUGAUUUUGAAAUCUAUACUGGACAGGAAAAUCUUCCAGCACAUCGCUUGCAAGAUGAACCGGAUUUGGGUGCCAGUAGCAAUGUGGUUGUCAGAUUAACACGAUCUAUUCUAAAGCACGUGGGUCAUACGUCGUACUUUGACAACUACUACACAUCCUUACAUCUAAUGACAUUCUUGGCUUCUCAAGGAAUUUUGUUUCUGGGAACUGUUAGGAGAAACAGAAUUCCAGACUGUACCAACUGA